AUGUUUCAUUCACAGAUGGCACCGUGGGUCCCUACUUUCAUUCAAUCCUGCAAAAAUAACGAAUUGCAACCUUUCACGCCGUUACAAUUCGCCACAAUAGAUAAUGCAGCCAAUCUGCCCCGAGUGAGAACCGUAGUGUUUAGAGAUUUUUUAUUCCACGAUAAGAAGACUAAUGUGUUGACCUUCAAUUCUGAUUUGAGAAGUGGGAAAAUAGAUGAAUCGUUCCCUCAAGAGAAGGACCACACUACCACUUUUGAAACGUGCGUUUAUUUCCCUCAAACAUGGGAGCAAUACAGAUUUAGCGGCCAAUGUUUCGUUAUAUCGAAUAAAUCAAAAGAACAUGUGCCUAAGGAAUUACUUACGAAAUAUAAAAUCCUAUCUCCGAAAGUUACGAAUAACGAAGAGGCUGGUGAAUAUGUUCAUGACGAAGAAGAGGAUUUUUGCUGUGUGCCUGAUGAUGAAGAUUGGGAUAACGAAGUUAUUAGACAAUGGUCCUCUUUGUCUAGAUCUUCCAAAUCGUUGUAUAGGAAGCCUGCGCCAGGAAGUCCAUUGACUAAGGAAACAAGUAAGGCACUAGAUAAGAUCCAAAGAGGGGUUGAUGGAGCCAAAGAAGACGCAGGUUUAGAAAAUUUCGGUAUUGUUUGUCUUUGUAUUGACACAGUGGAUUACUUGAAUCUAAAGGAUGGAAGAGGAGGUGAAAGAUGGAUUUAUAGGAGAUCCACAGAACAAGAUGGCACAGGGUUGGAGACCUGGGAUGAACAAGAAGUUUGCCCAUAA